AGGCCUUUCGUUGCCAGGCAUUUCUGGCACCGUUUCUGUUCCUAGAGCCAACUGACUUUUGUAGACCUGUCUGGGGAUGAUCGAUGGAGCAUCAUCAUUUUUACAAGGGCCUCGCCUCCGAACGAGAGGGGAUAGCAGUUUCUGCAGUUGCUUUGCAGGAUCAUAUAAUACACAAUCAUCAGCUCCAAGAUCUUUCCUUAGCAGAUCCUCUUAAGUCAAGGUCAAGGAACAUCAGGAACAUUUACAGACCUGUGAAGAAAGAGAUGGUCAAAGCAGUGGUAGAUACUGGGCUACAAAAAAAGAGAGCUCAACAGAAGAAUAAAGAAGAUGCAGAAAAGGAGUAUGUUCUUGAUCCCAAUCCUCCACGGCUAACGUUAGCUCAGAAAUUAGGACUAGUUGAGCCCCCAUCCCUGCCGCUGACUGCUGAAGAAUGGGCGAAAAUAAAGCAGAGAUCCAUUCAGCAUGGAGACUCCAUCCAGCCCUGCGCAAUAUGCAGGGAAGAGUUUGCACUUCAGCCUCAGGUGUUGCUUUCCUGUUCCCAUGUAUUCCAUAAAGCAUGCCUGAAAGCCUUUGAAAAAUUUACAGGCAAAAAGUCUUGUCCAAUGUGCAGGAAAAAUCAGUAUCAGACCAGAGUGAUACAUGACGGGGCCCGCUUGUAUAAAAUAAAGUGUGCCACCAGAAUUCAGGCCUCCUGGAGGGGAUACGUUGUUAGAAAAUGGUAUAAAAACUUGAGAAAAACUGUCCCUCCUAAAGACACCAAACUAAGAAAACAGUUUUUUGAGGAAAAGGUUCAACAGAUCAGCAAUCGGCUGCUGAGUUCUUACGACAUAAACCUAGAUGAUUUUCUUUCCAAGAUAGACUUUUCUAUAGCUGCUUGUCGGGAUGCAUUUCAGCAGCUGGAAGGAAAAGAAAUACUCCUCAGUGAAGAUGACUGGGAGAGGAUCCAGAUGCAGGCAUUUCGGCUGGAGAUAGCUGACUGUCCUAUCUGUAUCAUGCCGCUCAGCCCUACUGCUCAACCUGCCUGUGUUUUUUCUGGUACCAGCAAUCCGUUUUCACGACAGAUUGUUCUGCUUUCUUGUUCACAUUUGUUUCACCAUACCUGUCUUGAAGCGUUUGAAGAGUUAUCCUUGGGAGUGCAACAUAUCUGCCCUUUGUGCCGCUCAUAUUAUCAAAAGAAGAUCCUCAGGUGUUGAUACCCACAGCUCAGUGAAGUACCUCCUAGCAGAACAGAGCUGACAACAAACGUGCAUUGUUCUAACUUGGGAACCUCUUAAGAUCCAGAUGUUUCAAGUAGUUGUUUUUAAUGUACAAUGGCAUUCACCUUGUCUUCGGAGAAAUAAAAGAGUACUGUUGCUUUACUUUCAUAGUAAGUUUCACCUUUUGUGGCAUUUUUCAUCUCCCUCCCUCUGGCACUUUCACCUUCUCUCAUUUUCAUUUUAAAUAAAAACAUGGUUAUGACUUUUCAGCUGCACGUUGCCAAAACCAAUUCAGGUCACCACAUGCAACUUACGGGUCUGAGCACAACGACCAUCUCAUAGAAGCUACAGCAAAAGUAUCAUAAACGUAACAAGAAAGAUCAUUCUGCACAAAAAGGGAAUCGUUGAUUAACUAUUCAAAUGGAGAGCUUUCAAAUAAUGCUGACAAGAUCAGAUUGUGUCAAGCAUCAAGUAAGGCGGUCAUCGUAUUUCCAGGUACAUGCAUCUAAAGACUUGAGCAAGAAUAGACAAAUAUUCUGACAGGAAUUUCUUAGGCAAGAGUUGUUCUACAGAGGGCAGCAUCAAACUGCUGAGAGAACUGGAGAGAACUUCACCUGUUAAAGAGAAGACAAAGGGAAAUACAGCCUCUGAGCCUUGGAAAUGCUCAUGCAAGCAGAAGAGUUAUCUUGCUUACUGUGGACACUUGAGAACCAAAUUAAAGCUCAACACGUUGCAAGGGCCACUUACACUUCACAUUUAGGAAACCCUGGACAAUUAAACAAUGUAUUGUCAGACAGCACAGAAGUCACAGAUAUUCCUGGUAUUUAACCUGCAUCUGAGGGACUAACAGAUAUUUUUGAUCCUGUUCAGUUGAAUGGCUCAGAGGUCUGCAAGUCCUUUCCAAAUGUGCAAUGCUUGGACUUCUUUUAAAGACAACAAUGCUGAAGUCUCCAGUGCAACUGUUUCAAAGAGCUUAAGAACCGUCACAUUAUUAAUAUGUAAGAAUUGCACUUCAGCCAUACACCGUUAACAUCACACAACCAGGAUACCCUUCUAUGAACAAUCCUCGCUUGCUUGGAGCGCUGGAAUGAAUCACAUGCUUGUAAAACAGGGCUGGGCUGUCAUACCUCUGUGUGUACACGAUACGUGGUAUGUGAUGGAGAUCCACGUAAUUUACUUCAUGAGAACCUCAAAAAAAUACAUCAAAUGCAGGAAGGAUGGGAGGGAAUGCAACUGACAGAAACAUUGAGAAUGCUUGGAACGCCACAGAUCUUCCUCACUGCUUUAAAUAACAGAAUCAAAACCCCACUAUGAAUCACACUUUAUUGAAAACACAGUAAGAAAAAAAAAACCAAAAUCCUUCUUCCUACAAAACACUGAACGUAACAUUUUAAACAAUGGAAAAAAAAACUACAACCAUGGCCUUCCAAAAAAAAAAGAAGAGUCAACCUGACCACGGCAGCAAGAUUUACUUUCAUCAAGUUUUGUAACACAGCAAAGUAUCCACAACUGAGAACACUGUAAAACACGUUUCUGGAUGACCUAAAAUACUCUAAAAAGGGUAUGGAGGGGAGAAGGUGUUCAUACAGAAUAUUGUUCUGUUUGCUUUAGCAAAGAGUGUCAUUUUUCAGCCAUAUUUUACCUUGGUCCAACAUACAACCAUGUGAAAGAAAAGCUGUUGCUCAUGACUACAGACUCUACAAGGCCUUAAGUACAAACUGGACUGACAGUACAACUAAAUCCAUUCAGCAUCACUCGGGUUCACACACAGUUAAGAUUGUGCAAAUUUUCUUUUCAAUUUAGAAAAACUAAGACCAAUCUAAAUGAGUAACAGUACAGUGAAAAAACUGGAAGUCCAUGAGGGGAUGUACCCGCUGUCAUUCUUACACUGAGAGCAGUAGCAACACCAACAGGAGCACUAAUUCACUACUGUACUCUUAUGGAAACAUCAGCAGAGACCACCUGAAGGUGACCAGGUGUGAUGAAUGGCCAGCAGCACCCAGGUGCUCUCAUCUCCUUACAGGGGAUUUUAGAGGCAGUGCCUUCCAGAGUAAUCUACCUUAUUUUUUUUUUUUUUAAUCUAGGUAAUGUAGGAUUUGGUUCUCAGCCCAAGGAAGUAAAAGAAACCUACCCUCCUUUUGUGUACAUGUUCCUUUUAUGCAUGUUAAGAUUUCAGAUCCUUGACCCAAAUGUAUCCGUUUUCUGUCCGCUUAUUUUAGAGCAAUAGGACUCAGACCAAAUUAAACAAAAGUUCUUUGAAGUCAACCUCUAAAAAAGAAAAUGAAAAAAGGCUCCAAUUUGUUCUGUAAAACAAUAUAAAGCAAGAGUGGAAACAGCCACAAUGAUUUUGUGAAACCAAGUGUUUUGGCCCAAGCUGGGAAAACCUAUGUUAGGGGGAAAACAGGUCAUACAUCAGCUCAUUUCCUCCUUGGGCAUUUAAACACAUCCAUUACAGACACAACACGGGUACCGCCACCACGCUGCAUUCCUGCAUCGUCACUUACACAGAGGUCUGAAAUGUUCAUAUAUCAGCUUCUUCACAAGAACAGCCUUCUGCACGAUCUCACAUUGAUGGUACAAGGAACAAUCUUUCUUGCACUGAAAAGCAGGUAGGUUGCCUCGCAUUACUGGAAGUUAAAAGCAUGACUGAAGCAUUUCACUCCAAAUUCAGACCCGUUGGUAAAUUCUCAGAGUAGUCAAAAAGGACCGUUUUAAUGGAACCCAGUAUCAGAAAACAGAUAAUGUACAAAUGAAGGAAUAAACACUAACAUGUUUGUAACAGAAGAAAAUUGUUGCUGAAUUUCCGGUGGUGCACACCCUAUAUAAAAAGAUGUUAAUAACCAACAAUUAAGGCUAAGUUUAGCACAGUUUCAUAAGCACUUGAACUUCAUCAACUUAAGAAUUUAAAAUAAGGACUUUUUCUGAUGUUCAGUUCUAAAGAUCAAGUAGGAGAACGAUGGAAGAGCAAAGAGAUGGUCAGCAUAGAUGUGAGCUACAGUUUUCUCCCCAACUUUUCUGCUCCAGCUUCCUAAAACCAUUGUGCUCAGCAGGGAUUCCAGAAGUCACAUUCAGUCCAAUUUUCACACAAGACGCAAACUCCUUCCCAUGGUUUUGACUGCAGACUCUGAGAACAUCAAUCACAAGUGAUCCUAAAAUGCAGUAACUAGAAUUGUGUAGCAGAUGGACAACCCAUGGGCCAAUCUCCUCAUGCCUACAACAGAGGUGGAGCAUCACGGCUUCUUUGGGCAGUGUCAGAUUUUGCCUGAAGGACAAGCACUGGGGCAAGACAGGAAGAGGUGGCAGAGGUUAUGACCAGCUGCAGACAUCACCUGCACACCAGGUUGGUCUGGAAACCACAUCAAAGCAGGCCUGGGGACAGAGGUCUGCUUCAAUCGCUCUCUUGAUGAGUUGAAAAGCAAAAUUUUUUAACAUUCACAUGCUAUUAAUGCAACUAGAACAGACUGCUAGUUAACCAGUAGUGAUACAUUUAAGAGCACAAGAUAGUAGGCCCUGAAAAAUACAGGUGAGAAGAAUCAGGUAUAUUUGUAUCCUUAGAUAACCUUCAACACGAUUUCAAGUCAGCACUAAAAUGAAAAAAAUACUAACAGGAAGGGCACAGGGAGCUUACAGCCUUAGUUGAAGCAAUUAAAGGUUCACAGUUCUUAUAAACUUUUUAAUCAAACAAAACGAAGUUCAUUUCUUCUUAAAGAGGUUCCUAAAUUGGUCAUAGUGUGCUGUCCCUACUGAAAGGGCUUUAUCUACAGAAAGAAAUUUAAAAUUGACGUAUGCAUUAAAUAGUAGGAUUUAGCAGCACUCCUGCACUUGGCAUUCCCAGUUAAACAUGCUGCUCAAAUACAGAACGCAUAAACCUCAGCUACUGCGCACCGCCUGAGCCCACCAAGUUUCUGCUAGAGGAAGAAAAGAAGGGAGAAUAUAGGCCAUCCUUAAAAAAUGCAAAGAAAGUCACAUGGAUGGGGUUGCUCUUUGCUUUUUACCUUCAUCCUGUACAUUAGAGGGUAAAUUUCUUACAAAAAGGGCCAGCUUGUCCUUCCUAUGCAGCAGUGAGCCCAGCUGAGCUGCUGCGGAUAUGGGUGAGGAACAGGAAGGAUUGCUGCAGCUCUCCCAUGGCUGUCGCUCCUGGUGGCACACAUGUCACUUACAUCGAGGAGAACACGGCCCUCUGCAGGACUGCAUGCAUCCAUCCCACUCAACACAGGGCUGCACGAGCUCCUGCCCACACACACAGCUGCCCCUCAUGUGGCACUCGAGGCGGUACUUUGGAACCAGACAAGGAGAGAAACUUGUCAAACCCUUUAAUUUCUAUGGAGCAGUCAACAAGGGAAAAGACAGUGAAGGAGCAGGGCCAAAGAUGAACAUUGCAUUACAAAAAAUAAACAAAGCUUCCUACAAAUGCAAAAACUGUUACUAUACAGUAACCAAUACUGCUAUUUAUCAUUUUAAGGUGUUAAGUAUUGACAGUGUGCUUUACACUUAGAAGAAAUCCCACGAUAUUACAGCUCUGCCACUGCACUUAAUAUUGUGCUACCAACACA